AACGUUGGGAGCAGAACAAUAACGAAACGGACUACUCCGAGGCAUUAUUGUAUGCAUUAUUAAUCUGGUAUAUGAAGGAAGGAAGCAUGGAAAACAAAGUUUAAAAAAAUCUUAAGAACGGGGAUUAGUUAAAGAAAAAAAGUGUAGAUUGAUAGUAGAGGGCGAUAAUACACACUAAAUGCAACUAAACCGCCGUAAAAAGAAACGAAGAAGAACAGGAACUGAAAUUGGUGGGCGGGACAAACAAAUACCGGCGAUGUUAACAAAAUAAGCUCUCUCCGCUGGAAACAACGUUUAAUUAAUUUUAGACGAUACCAUCACAAGAUUCGGCGUAAAGAUGAGUUCAUUUGCAGGUCGAAUGAAGGAGUAUCCCACAAUUUCUUUGGACCGGUUCGACCGGGAGAACCUACAUGCUCGGGCAUAUUUCCUCUCCCACUGUCACAAAGAUCACAUGAAAGGACUGAAAGGGCCAAUACUGAAGAGGAAACUGCAGUUCAGUCGAACAGUCAGGCUUUACUGCUCCUUCGUGACCAAAGAACUUCUGCUGAGCAAUCCCAAGUAUGCUUUCUGGGAGGAAUACAUCGUUCCUUUAGAGCUGGAGAGUCCAACUCAGAUUUCUCUGGUUGAUGAGGCAUCGGGAGAGAAAGAAGAGAUUGUAGUCACGUUGCUUGCUGCAGGCCACUGUCCCGGCUCUGUUAUGUUCCUGUUUGAGGGUUCCCAGGGAAACGUGUUGUACACAGGAGACUUCAGGUUCGCUGCUGGAGACGCCUCGAGAAUAGAACAUCUGCACUCUGGCAGCAGAGUGAAGGAUAUUCAGACUGUUUAUCUGGACUCCACUUUCUAUGACCCGCGAUUCUACCAAAUUCCUUCUCGGGAGGCCUGUCUGAACGGUAUCUCAGAGCUCGUUAGGAACUGGAUCAGUCAGAGUUCAUAUCAUGUUGUGUGGCUCAACUGUAAAGCUGCGUAUGGAUAUGAAUACCUGUUUACCAACCUGGGAGAGGAGUUCAACACACAGAUCCAUGUCAAGAGUCUGGCGAUGUUCAAGAAGAUGCCGGAGAUCCUGAGCUACGUGACGACUGACCGCAGGACACAGAUCCAUGCCUGUCGGCACCCUAAGGAUGAGGAGUUUUUCCAAGGCAGCAGGUUGCCGUGUGGCUGUACAGCCUCUGACGGGACUCCUCUUCGUAUCAUCAGCAUCAAACCGUCCACCAUGUGGUUCGGAGAGAGGAUGAAGAAAACCAAAGUUAUAAUAAAAACAGGAGCCAGUUCCUUCAGAGCCUGCUUCAGUUUCCACUCCUCCUACUUAGAGAUUAAAGACUUCCUCUCCUACCUCCAGCCAGUCAACAUCUACCCCAGUGUUAUCCCUCUUGGUCGGACACUGACGGAGGUUACACAGAUGUUGAAGCUGAUGUGCAGAAACCAAUCUGAUCAGGCAGCGUCCAUAUACAAACCUCUGGGAGUCCUCAAACGCAGCAUGGUGAAGCGACCUACAUACGAUUCAGACAGCGAUGACGAGCUGUUUGACGGGCUCGACCUGGCACCAGUGAGGAAGAAGAUGGGGCUGAACCAAGAAAUAAAAAAUGUGAAAGCUCAGAGUCCUCAGAAAACAGCGCCCCCUGUGUCCGCGGACAAGUCUUUACCUGUGACGGUCACAGACACGCAGUCUGUUGCACGCAACUACGUGGACUGCACUGAGUCCAAUGAUGAAGAGGACGAUAAUGAGGAGGAGGAGGAUCAGCAGCAGGAGGAGGAGAACGAGGGAAAGGGGGAUACAAAACUGACGAAGGAGGAGGUGAACAGGACGAUAAAGGAAAAUGAGAGGAAUAAAGAAACUGAGAAAAAGAAGAUUGAGCUAGAAGGACGUGGUUCCUCUGAUCCUCCGAAAUGGGAGGACUUCUUCACCACGGAGACGCUGACUGACAGCCAGAACAGCCUCAACAGCCAAUUACAAUCCUGCUGCUCUGCCCCGAGCCCCUCCCUCUCCAGAAUGACUGGUUCACAGACCCCAGAACUGUUCAGCGAUGAAGAAGAAACCCCCAACGACGAUGGAAACUUCAGUCUGACCCUGUCCGCCUCUCUGUCAAAUCAUUCCUCCCAGAACCAGGACUCAUAUUUACCUGACACCUUGAUUCUCCAACCAGAGCAGGGGGGGUGGGAACAAGGAGACUUGAGGACCAAUACUGUGUCUCAGGAGAAGGAGAGCAACGGCCAAAACGACCAAUCAGAGCUGGAGGAGCUCUCGGAGUCCCAGGUGUCGUCGGACUUUGAUAUUCCCUGCACACCAGAGUCAAAAAUGCCACAACCUGAUGAACUGUCGCAGUUGUACAGGAAGCUGGCGUCAGGAAAGGAAGUGGUCAUCAGAAAGCGCGACUGAAAGAAGGAAUGUGGCUCGCAAAAACUUCCUUUAACAUUCCUGUUUGUCCACAGUAAAGAUCCUAGGCUGUGGACAACUUGUAAAAGGGUAAGAAUUAAUGUGCUAGCAAUGCAAAUAGGUACAAAAUGAAAGUGAGAGUCACCAUGCAUUCAGCCUGUGAGCAUUAUAGUUGAUGGGUCUGAGGAUGAAUAUAUGCAGCUGUCUGCAGCUAUAAGGCUUUGAACAGGCAAAUCAUAUACUGUUCACUUCUUCUUAAACCCUUCGGUACAUUAGAUUGUUUUGAUGAGUAAACAUAGGCAGUUAGCAGGUACUUAAACGGUAGCAUAACCUUAAAUUUAUAAAAUUAAAUUAAAUAUUUUGGCCACUGACAAAUUUGAUGAGUUCAAAGUUUAAAUCUUUGAGGCCUUUAACUGGAAGUUGCACAUUAAUGGCCAACAGUGUGUUAAACUCUGCAAAGUUCCACAACACCCACAUUUAGGAGUUGUGAAACAUCUUUACUGGUAAAUAUAUCGCAUGAAGUUAACUGCAGCAUGUAAAUAAUGGAAAACCAGGACAAAAGUCAAAGCGUGGACGUGUCAAUGACCACACGUUGGCCACUAAAGUCAUUUUUUUUUUAAACACAUCAUGAGAGCGAAGAGGAAGUUGAAUGAAGAUACAGUAUUUCAGUAGUAUUUAUCUACACAGACAUGGUAAAUAUAUUCAUUCAAUUUCCACUUUUCUAUCAUGUCCUCAACUAUUGGCCUGGCCUUCUUUAUUUACAUUGUGCAGUUUUUUUUAUUUGUUUAAUGGUAAAUACUUCACAUGAUGUAGACCAUGACCACCUGAAUGCAAACAACUGGUAAAUAUUACUUAGUUAGGUGAUAAUUUAUCAAUUUUUAUCAGAUGACAAGGACGUCCUAAAUGCAUUUUUUCCUCCUGACCAAUGAAGUCAAAGGAAACCUGUGCAUCUGUGUCAAUCCAGUUCCUGAUUGGCUGCCUGGCAUGCUGCUCCACACAAAGCAGCAGCAUCCAGACUUCUUCAGACUUAAACAUUAUUUUCUGAAACAUGACCAUUACCUGAUGAGCUAUAAAUGAAAUUUAUUUGGUUGAUCAUCUCUAUAUUUAUGUUGCUCACAGUAUGAAUACAUUGUUGCCUCUCCUAUAUGCUGCAAGACUGCUGGUUAACUGCGAUAAACACAUAAUGAUCUUCUAUAAUACCUCACAUGCCUUACAAGUAACACUGUUCCUCUCCGGCUUCUGUCGAACUGCCAAACCACACAAACCUCAGUAUGUAAAGCAACACACACACACAGUUCAUUCCAAUGCACUUUACGUUAAUCUGUGGCCCACAUGCAUUAAUGCACCUGUACACUUCACAGCUGACUUUCCCUUUUUGUUGACAGUUUGUGGUUUGUUCUGCUCAACACUUCUUCAUUGUGAAGUGGAUCAAAUGAUGUCGAGAAGAUGAAGUUUUGUAAACCAAAUUAAAGGUAUUUAAUUUCAA